CUAUAAAUUAUGUGUUUUAUAUGGAAUAAAUAGUUCAGUGGCAUUUUUCUUAUAAAGGAAGAGGUGGGUGGCGGCCGGUGGACUCCAGCCUCCCAGAGCGGCUACUGUCUCCGCGAGUAAUUUCCACUGGCCUUAACCCUCUUUAAAAGGCCCCCCUUACGUUUCUCUCCUUCCCCAUUGACGCGUUCCCUUUCCCUUCUCAUUAUCACUUGUGUUGCACUCGGACUCUGGAGGAGCUCUGUGGAAUAUGGAGAAACAAAUCCUUGAUUAUACCUUGGUUCCAGCCGGCCUCCUCCUCAUGGCCGCUUACCACAUCUGGCUCCUCUUUUUCAUCCUCAACCACCCCAACAAAACUGUCAUCGGCGUCAAUGCCUUCAACCGCCGCUUCUGGGUCAGUGCCAUGAUGGAGGAUGUGUCCAAGAAUGGGGUUCUUGCUGUGCAGACGCUUAGGAACAACAUGAUGGCAUCAACCGUAUUGGCUUCAACGGCCAUCAUGCUCAGCUCCGUCAUGGCAGCCUUGAUGGCCAGCAAGAAUGGUGACCGUUCAUUUGGGGUUGUGUUCGGAGACAAGAGCGCGCUGGGCAUCUCCAUAAAGUACUUGGCCAUACUUGUCUGCUUCUUGCUUUCAUUCUUGCUGAAUGUGCAGUCAAUUAGGUACUACAGCCAUGCCAGCAUCCUCAUCAAUGUGCCCUUCAAGAAGAUGUCUCUUUCCCCAAAUUCCCAUCAACUCACGGCAGAGUAUGUGGGCACUAUUGUGAACAAUGGCUGCUACUUCUGGUCACUUGGCCUGCGGGCCUUUUACUUCUCUAUCCCUCUGUUUCUCUGGCUCUUUGGCCCCAUCCCUAUGUUUUUAUCCUGCCUUCUCAUGGUUUCCAUGCUCUAUUUUCUCGACAUCACCUCCAAAUCCAUCUGGCCUUCUGGGGCCUCUGAAUUGGAGGAGAAUCAUCCCCACAACGGCGAGGGAAGUAGUUUAAUGGUUUAAUGGUUUAAUGGUUUAAUCCUCAUUCAUAUACAUUUAGUAUAGAUAUAUAUCCAGUGAACCUCUAGAUUAGAAGAGAAGCAAUUUGCAUUCAACCCAAGUUGAAUUGGAUUGCGAAUUACUCACGGAAUAUAUCAGCUCCUUGUAAAAUCAUGUUCUGUUUCUAUCUUUGCUAAAAUUCUCAAUAAGAUCAACAACUGUUUUUUUGGUUUUUA